UUUUUUUUUAAGUCCAUACAAAUUCAAUGUGAGGCAGCAAUGUAAGACUGCUAACAAAUUUUAAUGCGAUAUCGGGAUGGACUAAUAGAAAUACAAUAUCUCAUUUUUAGAACAACGAUAAAAAGAUCCACUUUAGAGAGCUGCCGUGAGGACUAAAUACAAUACCCGUGCAAAGCAUCUAGCCUAGUCACCAGCCACAGAAAUGUUGAUACAUUUCAUUCAUUUGACCUCUCCCCUUUCUAAAAUCACAGCAAAUUCUUCUCUUCCUCGGGACACCUCUUAGGAUGUUGCCUUUUAUUGUUUCACUUUUGCAUAGGACUUGGAGUUUCACAUGCAUGGGUUUGGUCUGCUUAGCUACUGUCAAAGGGAUUGGCUUUGCAGAUACACCCUGUACAGUUUUCUCCCUUGAUGCAAAAUUCACAUUCAGUGGAACACGCCAACUCCUGGUUACAUCUGGGGUUUUGACAAAUGCAUACACCUGCACAAUCCAAACUUCUCCAGACCUCGGACAAUACCUUCACCCCAGAAAGUUCCCUUGUGCCUCCGCCCAGUCAUUCCCCAUGUCACACUCCCUGAGGCAACCACAUUCUCCCCCCAUCGCAGAUUGGUUUGCCUCUUCUGGAACUUUCUAUAAACGGAACUGGUAUGUAUUCUUCAUCUGGGGUUUCUCUCACCUGGUGUCAGUAUACCGGUUUUGAGAUUCAUCCACGGUGUGCAGUGGUUUUGUUAUGGAGCUCAGGUAUUUCCCAGCCCCGAGGAGCCGGGGCCUGUGCCGUGACUCCUGGUACCCCCCACCCCCGGCCCCCUGGCACUGGUACAGAAUUGUGCGCAUCGGAAGUGUUCCGCGGACAUUGGGUGACCCGAUGCAUGAAUGAGCGUACGAGUUAUUGAAUCAAUCAGCAAGCCAUUUAGCCACAAUCAACUUUCGCUUUUCGAACCCGGACAGUGUCUUACGUGUUCCACUUACCACACACCCACGGUAUCUAUCCUGGUGUGAGAAGCCUGCCUGCUUUACUGCUGGAAUCCAGGGAUCCGCCCAUUUGCCAUCCUACCGCAGCCUUUGCUGCAACCGUGCAGCGGCAAAGUGCUGGCGAGCAAGUGUGCUGCCGCCCGGGAUGAGCUCCGGCGUGGCUGUGAGACAGCCGGCCUCGGGGCUUUGUCUCCCGCAGGCGGAACUGCUUAUCCUCUGUCUCUGCAAACUGUAAACCUGACAUCCCUCCAACUGAUUUAUUAGGUCACCGUAAAGGUCAGCAAAGAAACCCAGGUGCCGCAUGGAAUGUUUCUGUGGCUAGUUAGUAUCCGCACCACAGCGGCCGCACGUGCUUCCUUGCAGUCAGGGGAGCGCAACUGAACAAGCAGGGUUAGGACUGUUGGUUCUGACCGCUGUGGCCGUGACCUGCUUGAAAUGACUGCAAAUUAAGCCCUUUGAUGUCCCCAGCAUACCCUCUUACCCCUGCGUCUGGUGACGGUGAUUAAGGACAAGGGGCCUUGCAGCAGGCUUGGGGGUGGGGGGGGGGUGGGGUGGGGGGGUGGCGAGGGGGGUGUGGAAUACAUUACCUUGGCUAGUUCUGUGGCUCAAGCAUUUAGGGUUUGAUCCUGUCACAUCAUUUCUGCUUGGACAGCAGCAAGUUCCCGUCAUUUCUAGUACUGCACGUGUUUUGAAUAUAAACGUGCUUGUUCAUCUUUAAUCUAUUCAAAUGGCAUUCUUGUUCUUGCUGCAAUCUAAAUUUUAUGUAGCCGCAGAGCACGCCCUAUGAUGCAUUACUUCACAACGCGAUGCUAUAAAAUUACCGGGCAUAUUUUGUAUUACAAUGGGAAAAGUUUUCUUCCAAACAGAUUUCCCAAAAGAUGGGGAGAUUCACGUAUGAUGAUUCCUACGGUGAGCAUAACGUAUAAAGAAAUAAACUGGUGACAAGAAACAGGGAGGAAAUCUAUCUGUGGCUUUCCCAAACUAGGCAUUUUCUGUUUUUUUUAGCCAUGUUUCUUUUUGAAAAGUUAAAGAUCUGUAAAAAGCAUGAUAAACUACAUUAAUGGUAUGUUAAGUGCCAGCAUUUUUUUUCUCUUAUUCUUUAUAGCCAUUUUUUAAAGUUACUUUAUCAAAGAAGACCUAUUUACUAGGGCAGAAAGCGAAGGUAUUUUAAAUAGGAAAAAGACAGAGGUCACAAUGCAGUCAUUGUAAAGGGUUUGGAUCAGCUAAGUUGUGUUUUAGCUCAUUAAUCCCAGGAAAGGUGUUUUGUAAACUGGUGUUUAGAGUGGUGCCUAGAAGGUGACAUCAGCAGUUAUGUGCCUCUGUUUCAUUUUACAUUGGGACGCCUAAGAAACCUACAACCAGCGUAGUCUAUUGCCAUCCCUAGCUGUCCGAGUGAACCACGCUCAUUAAGAGUUUCCUGGUGCAAAUCAGUUCAGAUUGGUGUUCUCAAAACACAAUAGGUUUACUGCAUGCAUGGUCUGCACACUGUGGCAUGCAAUUAUCAAGUUCCACAGAGACGCAUGGAAGCAGCAAAUGCCACCGGCUGCAGCGUGUGUUGGGAGGGGAGCACUACUCAGACCGGGAGCAGACAGGGCUCCGGUUUGAAGUAAUGGUGUGAGUUGGCAAAUUAUUUAACCUCUCCGGGCCUCAGCUGUUUGCUGAAUAACAGUAACCGUCUCAGGGGGAUUUUGUAAUGCUUAACUAGGAGAUAUCAGAGGCCUGUCAUAGGGUAGAUGCCCUGCAUGUGUUUCUAUUCCUUCACCCCUCCUUGCUUCAAAAGGAUGCGGACACUGAUGUGUCCACAUGAUGGUGAGGGGACCGGGACCCAUCUGCUGUCCUGGACGAGGGCUGUUCCCACAGCUCACUGGUGGCGGGGGGAUUCUGCUCGCUUGCCCCCCAGACUGAUGCUUCUCUGGGGCCUGCCUCAUAAUGUCAGCCUAAAUUUCAGACGGUGCUUUUCAAAACAGAUACCCAUUCAGAGAACCUCCUGCCGUGCCAGGGUUUUAAUGAAAUCAAAAGUGACCAGGUCCUACCCUUCCGAAGCUGUCUGACUCUACUGGCCCUGGAGAAGAAGCAAAACCCUUUAGGUGUUUCUAAGGGUUCUAUUUUAUGGGCCCUGCAGUCAUGGGACUAUAUUUUACUUUUUAAAUGACCUCAACCAGUCCUUCAGGGGAUUACAGAUGGAGUCCUAUUAAUGAGUUUCAUCACCUUUGCCCUUAAAAUAAUUUGGAUCUCCUAAGAGUGUGUUUUGUUGGCAGCCCUCAACCCAUUUUAUGUUGGGGGAGAAAAUGCUUAAAGGGAAAUAAAGGCCCAAAUGUGUAACAAGACCGGAAAAAAAGCCUUCUUCUAAAGAAAUAACGACACCAUUACAAACACUAAUGCAGAAGCACUUAGGGCAGGGGACACAAAAGCCAGGGUUCUUUUUCUAAGCAGCUUCUCUAAAGUUGUUCAUUUUACACACAAGAGCAAGGGUCACAUGGGCAUUCAGAGCCACUUGCUGGGAAGAGGAUUUUAAAAGGAGGAUGACUGGACAGAAUAUUUAAGAAGAGGCAAGGGCCUAGCUGGGGAAGGCUGAAAGUAGGCUAACCCAAACCCAAACCCAGGCUGGGUUCAGGAGCCCCUGUAGAGCGGGCCCUGGUGGAGACUGAGGUGGCUCAGCCGGGAGCUAUUUUAAAAAAGACCAGAGAUCCACAUUCAGAAAUACAGUUGCUCUGCCCUUCUCCUGACACCAGAUCCAGUCAGGGGGAGGGCGCUGCCCUGCAUUCCCACCCACCAGGGCUCUCUGGUGCACCUCCCGUUUCAGCUCCCCCACGGAGGGCAUGGCCUGCAGGUGCCCCACAGGUUUCUUCUCUGCGUCUUUCACCAGCACUGCAGCAAGCAUCAGCCGCCGCCCUCCUCCUGGGGCAGCUUCCUCUGCAGUCAAAGGCUUCAGCCAGGAGCUGUGGCAAAAAAAAAAAAAAAAAAAAAAAGAAGGAAAAACCGCUGAUGGACUUAAGAUCUCAGGGGGUGACCUGAAACUCCGAGGGAAGGGAGCUGGCAGAAAGACAAUGAAUUCAUGAAUAGCUAAGAGUGGGGUGUAAGAGGCCGACUCGCGGAACAUGAAACGAUGUGGUUUAUAUGGGGCAGGUUAAAACAAAUCCAUUCCGGCACUUUUCAUCCGCAUUGGGUAACUGGGAGCUGGCAAAACUCUGAUUUCUUGUAGGUUCUCUCCCUCACCCCCCGUCUCUCCCUGGAGAAGGCUUUUCCACUCUUGGAUCACCAAUGAAUGUGAAGGCCAAGGAUAUGUGGGCUAUAUAUAAAGUCAUCAGAAUAAGGGCCUUAGCAGGGCGGUGGGGGCCAGGCAAAAUCCCGAGAGCCUAAUGACUCAGGCUUGAAAUCCUGGAAUGAUUGAUGUGGACGGACCUCCUGAUAGAUUAAACUCCAAACGUCCAUGAUCCCAAAGUUGCAUUCCUUGAGACAAUAGAGAUUGUUUAGAAACCUCCCGGAAGUUCUGGCUGCGGUCUUUCUACCAUGAAGGCCGCCGGUGGGUUUUUUACAGCUUGCAAAGAACCCCGGAGGUUAAGACUCAUCACACCCGCCUGUCGCCCGGCCGGCGGAGUGCAGUACCUCCGGGAGCAUCUGUGGUACUGUCUCCUAGUACUUCACCCUCUCAGCCUCACCGGGAAAGCUGUGCCGGCUUUUCUAUUUGAAAACUGUUAGCACGCUUCCCCCUCAGCUUGCUAUUAAAAAAACCCCAGUAAGGUGCACGUCAAAUGCGCCUCUUAAACACAUUACACAAAAAUUAAGUGCUUCUUUGGAGAAAUCUUAGUUAUCCCGUGUCAAUCUCCGCCACUCUUGCAGGAAACCAGGGCUCCCUAGCAUAAUGUGUGUGAAAGGCUCUGCAAACCGCAGGGUUGUAUCAAUGUGCAUUACGGCGUGCACAGUUUCAGGGAUCGGGGUGUUUCCUAAAGAAAAUCCAUGGAUGUCUGACUGUAUCUGUAACCUAAUUAUUAGAGUGAACCGGGGGGAGAAUCACGCGGCUAUUCGCUGUCCGCCCCAGAACGAGACGUCUCGGGUCUGAGUCCUCCUCCCGGGAGACCGCCCUGGGCGCUCGGGGCUGGCAGCAGCAGCUUCCCUCUGAAAACCGGCCACCUGCCUGGCUUGUCGAAAUCAUCAGGUUGGAUGCUACACAGGUGUAAAAACAGGGAAAAGGGGCUUUUAAAGUGACGGAGUUGGUGGUGUGAAGCAGGAAUUCAGCUUGAUGAAGAUACAGGCAGCGUGGAUCAGGCCGAAGGACCCGGCUGCAGAACUCGCCGCUGCCUUCGCAAGCCGGUUUUCCCCCGGUUAGUUUCAAACUCAUUCUCCGCUCUCCCCCACCUACACGCUUCAACACGCUAAAAACACUCGCGGCUUCAUUCUGCAGAAAGGAAUGGGAAAAUCUAGGAACACGGAAAGGCUGCCAUUAACUGCUUUAAGGGGUUAGAAAUGCCAAAAUCAACACCUGCAGUGCCGCAGUUUCACGUGUGUGUGUGUGUGUGUGUGUGUGCAGAAGCAGCGCAUUAAAGAGAAAUAACCAGGAGAAAGAGAGAUGAAUUAAAGAAAGUGCCAGAAAUAGCUACAAAGACAUAUAAAACUUUCCUCCCAUAUAGACCCGAUACCAGCAAGCUUAAACUUUUUACUUUAAUCACUCAUGUCCUAGAGGCACUGCCUUGUCACCUUAAACCCCAAGACGGGGGUAGGGGCGAUGGUGGAGGAGGCCCCUGGUGGGGAAGGGGCGAGUUAGAGGGGGGAGGGUGUCUUCUAGGUACGUGGAUAUGGAAAACUAAGGUGUCAGUGGGGAGUGGGGACCCACCAUUGGGGACCCGUCAUCCGAGUGAUACCGGGUCAAGGACUAGGUAGGCUGGAGCGGGGGGGGGGGGGGGUUGGGGAAGGGAAUGAGUGAGGGGUAAGGGGUCGCAAGGAAAAAAUCCAAGGCCUCGCAUACAAGUGGAAAGGACGCGCGCCGCAGCCCCGGAGCCGCCUGUCGCUCGCCCCCGCCUUCCCUUUUGCGCAGAAUCCUCCCCUUGGCUGCAGCAGCGCGCUGCCCCCACCGGCCCGGCGCGCCGUGAUCGAUCGCAGGCUGCGUCAGAAUGCUCCCCGCGUAUAAAUAGGGGUGGCAGGACCGCGCCGAGCCGCACACAGCCAUCCACCUUCCCUUCUCCCACUCCCUCUCUCCCCGUUCUUCUCUCUGUAGGCCCCCAUCUCCGCCGCCGGCCGGAGGGGCUCCGACCGCCACCAUGAGUUCCUUCAGCUAUGAGCCGUACUACUCGACCUCCUACAAGCGGCGCUACGUGGAGACGCCCCGGGUGCACAUCUCCAGCGUGCGCAGCGGCUACAGCACCGCGCGCUCCGCUUACUCCAGCUACUCCGCGCCGGUCUCCUCCUCGCUGUCCGUGCGCCGCAGCUACUCGUCCAGCUCCGGCUCCUUGAUGCCCAGUCUCGAGAACCUCGACCUGAGCCAGGUAGCCGCCAUCAGCAACGACCUCAAGUCCAUCCGCACCCAGGAGAAGGCGCAGCUGCAGGACCUCAACGACCGCUUCGCCAGCUUCAUCGAGCGCGUGCACGAGCUGGAGCAGCAGAACAAGGUGCUGGAAGCCGAGCUGCUGGUGCUGCGCCAGAAGCACUCCGAGCCCUCCCGCUUCCGGGCGCUGUACGAGCAGGAGAUCCGCGACCUGCGCCUGGCGGCGGAAGACGCCACCAACGAGAAGCAGGCGCUCCAGGGCGAGCGCGAAGGGCUGGAGGAGACUUUGCGCAACCUGCAGGCGCGCUAUGAAGAGGAGGUGCUGAGCCGCGAGGACGCCGAGGGCCGGCUGAUGGAAGCGCGCAAAGGAGCCGACGAGGCCGCGCUCGCCCGCGCCGAGCUCGAGAAGCGCAUCGACAGCCUGAUGGACGAAAUCGCCUUCCUGAAGAAAGUGCACGAAGAGGAGAUCGCCGAGCUGCAGGCGCAGAUCCAGUACGCGCAGAUCUCCGUGGAGAUGGACGUGUCCUCCAAGCCCGACCUCUCCGCCGCGCUCAAGGACAUCCGCGCUCAGUACGAGAAGCUGGCCGCCAAGAACAUGCAGAACGCCGAAGAGUGGUUCAAGAGCCGCUUCACGGUGCUGACCGAGAGCGCCGCCAAGAACACCGACGCGGUGCGCGCCGCCAAGGACGAAGUGUCCGAGAGCCGCCGCCUGCUCAAGGCCAAGACCCUGGAGAUCGAAGCAUGCCGGGGCAUGAACGAAGCGCUGGAGAAGCAGCUGCAGGAGCUGGAGGACAAGCAGAACGCCGACAUUAGUGCUAUGCAGGACACAAUCAACAAAUUAGAAAAUGAAUUGAGAACCACAAAGAGUGAAAUGGCCCGAUACCUUAAAGAAUACCAAGACCUCCUCAACGUGAAGAUGGCUUUGGACAUUGAGAUUGCAGCUUACAGGAAACUCUUGGAAGGUGAGGAGACCCGGCUCAGUUUCACCAGCGUGGGAAGCAUCACCAGCGGCUAUUCCCAGAGCUCUCAGAUCUUUGGCCGAUCUGCCUACGGCGGUUUGCAGACCAGCUCCUACCUGAUGUCUGCGCGCUCCUUCCCGUCUUACUACACCAGCCACGUCCAGGAGGAGCAGAUCGAGGUGGAGGAGACCAUUGAGGCUGCAAAGGCCGAGGAAGCCAAGGACGAACCCCCCUCUGAAGGAGAAGCUGAGGAGGAGGAGAAGGAGAAGGAGGAGGCUGAGGAGGAGGAAGGAGCCGAAGAGGAAGAAGCUGCCAAGGAAGAAUCCGAGGAGGCCAAGGAGGAAGAAGAAGGAGGCGAAGAUGAAGGAGGAGAAGAAACCAAAGAAGCUGAGGAGGAGGAGAAGAAAGACGGAGGUGCUGGGGAGGAACAAGCCACUAAAAAGAAAGAUUGAGCCCCUCUUUCCUUAAUUGUUCCAGGAAGAAUUCUCCCGAAAUCAGGUCAACCCCAUCGCCGACCAACCAGUUGAGUUCCAGAUACUAUAUGAAUUAAGAAGUCAAUAUAUGUAUAAUUCUGAGAUGACUUAGGUUGGACUUUAAAUGUUGUGCUAUGACUUUUUUCCUUACGCAGAGUAUCCGUUUGCUUGCAGAGUGGCUUCCUGGCUCGCUGCCAGCCUGUGCAUGGUCCACGCUUAUGAGUUCAGGAUCUAUGGCAAUGUGAAUAAUUCAGAUGUUUACAAUAAAAAAAAAAACACACACAUGAAUAAAUGAAUUCACUAAUGUUAAUGUUAAACUUCAUGGUAAAAAAUAGCCCUUUGAACCUUUGGUGGUUAGAAAUUAAAGACCUCGAAUGAUGUGCAAUAAAUAGUAAAUAAAGUUACACUGAAUGUCA